AGACACAUGCGUGUGCUGCUCUUCUGCUUGGCUCUGUUCGUUGCAGUACUUGCGUUCCCUCAGGAAUUGCAGAGCAGAUUUCGAAAAAGCCAUUCACCUGAUGCCAACAUCCAGCCAUUCAUCCGAUUCCGCAAAUCAUCCUACAACACGUGGCUUGAUCCCUUUCCAGCAUACCAAUAAUUUGUAAAAUGCUUCUGUGAGUGUGUUCGCGAGACUUAUAAUAAAGAUGAAG